AGAGCGUUUAGAUGCGUGUAUUGAUGACACUCAACUGAAUUCAUCUCUGGAGUUUGUAAAUAGUCGUUCUAACGUGCAUAUCAAGGGUAAUUGAGUAUGGGUCUGUGGUUGCUGCUGUUGUGGGUGCUGAGUAUGCAGUAUGGUCAGGUGGAUGCUUUCUUUGACUGGAUGAAGAAGCAUGAACCAGCUCCUCCUGCCCCUCCACAAAAACCUGUUGCCCCUGUUCUGAUACAAGUAGAUGCCCCACCCUUUGAAAUGAAUGUUGCUGAUGAAAAGUUUCUGGCUGAAGCCAAACAGAUGGAACUCAGUCCUCUGGACAGCUGCCAUUUCCGGGUUGUUGCUCAGCUGAAAGCGACUUGUGGUGACCUAUCAGAGGAGCAGCUAGCCAAACUGGGCGUGGCUUUGUUUAACUGCCAAUCAGAGGUAGAGGGUCGCAGGACUUACCCUUGCACUGAAGAAAUGACUAUUAAAGAGUGCACAGCGGACAUGGACUCAGACAUGUGGAAUGCAUAUCACAUUGUCAGUAAUCGAGCACGCUCCGUGUGUUACGUCACGCGCCAGCAGCACUUCCGCAAACGCACAGAAUUAACCGUAAACGCCCUGAUCUCCACUGCAACUAGUCAACUGGACGCCAUGAACGAUCUGAAGGAAGGUCAGAAAGAACUGAGGGAGAUGACCGCUGCCUCACUGGAUAAGCUGCUGGAGGGUCACAGUGCUCUGCAGAUCCAGCAGGUGGUGCUGAAGGAAGGUCAAGAUCAGCUGGAUGCUUCGAUCAGUGAGAAUCUGCAGAGGCUGGCACAGGAGAAAGCUCUCAUUAGCACCGGGCAGAAGCUAGUGGCACAGUUGAUUCUGGGCAUCACACAGAGAAUGGAGAAUGUUAGUGGACAGAUGAAGGAUCAGGCCGCAGAAGUUCAGGACGGACAUCAGGCUAUUCUCGCUGACCUUGCUUUGGUCCGAGGAAGUGCUCAGGACAUCUACGAUAAAAUGGAGCUGAAUCUGAACGGGUUCCUGCAGCAGCAAAACACUACUGCUCAGUUCUACUCUGAGCUCAUGAGUAAACUGGAGCGUAUGAAUGGGACACUUGGGUACAUGCUGAUGUAUCUGGACAACAUGCAGAAUCGACUAGAGGACAAACUGCAUGUGAUCCAAGGCUAUCUUGGAUCGGCAGGCCUGAGCCUGAGUGCUCUGUGGACGUGUGUGAUUCACACUGGUUACUUCCUGCUGUCUGCGGUACUGCUGUCGUUCCUGCAGUGUGCCACAUUCUCUCGCGUCUCUCUGCUCCUCGCUGUGCCAAUCAAUGCAGUCGCAGAGAUCAACCAGCAGUCUGCUCUUGACCUGGUCUCACUCACUCUACUGUUGUUCACACUUUCACUAGGUCGCUGGUUUUUGCUACAGGUGAUGUUGGAGUUGUCCAAAAUGAAGGGUCCGACCUGCAGCCCUCCCUCUCUUCCUUUAGGCGCACCUAAAGAGAAAACACCAGAAAGGGAGAGACAUUUGACUGAGCACUGCCCAGCAUCAUCCACCACUCCUGUGCAAAAUGACCCAGACUGUGAUUUGGAGGUGGAUGGCUUCAUGAUGGGUGAUCCAUGCUUGUUGGUUGCGUCCCCGUCUCAGCCUCUCAUCCCUCUGAAGUUCAGUCAUCAUACUUUUGGCACGCAGAACCAUUCAACCCCCAGACUGCAGAAUCGCCACAGCAUUGGAGGAGCAUUGCUGGAGAAUAUUCCUCAGAGGGACCUGGGAGGAGUGUUGGAGAUAAUGAACCACUCACGAAGCUCGAGUCCCAGCUAUUCACUUGCCAGCAACAGCUCAUUUUCGGGUCGUCCUUUGUGCAGCGGUACCACACGGCUUGGUCAACCAUGUAAGAAGAGGGCUGUGGUGGGUCAGAACUUCUGUAGGGUACAUGAAGGUGACCACACACCCUACAGUCAACUGUGAAAUGGGUUUUUCUUCUGUGUUUGGUUACUUAGCAGUCUGUUUUAAGAAGAACUAACACUAUAUACUGUAUAUGUUGACUAAUACAGCACUUAAACUAUUCAAUCUUAGUGAUUUUAUGUGGUUUUGGUCAUGGAGUUUUUAAUACAUUUUUAGUUUAUUGCA